AAUUAAUAAUAAGAACUAAUACUCUUUAAAGCUGCUGUCUCAGGCAGGAGUGUGUGUGAACAGAUCAGUUUCAUCCUGUGUCAAUACAGAAUGUGGGCGGAGAAAACAUCCUAUAAAAAGAAGGUAUCCCACAACAUGAAACGACAGGCUGCUUCACAAACACUCACACCAGCAGGAAUCCUCUAUUUUGCCGCAACUGAUUUUAAUUUUUUAAAUUUUUGGGCAGAGCAUCCUGAAACUUUACAUUUCUCUACAUCUUUGUGCUUUUAUAAUGUCUCUUUGCGAUGUGUAGGCUACAUUACGUCUUUUUCCAGUGAUAUUUGACAGCCUAUUUGAUGGGCUCUGUAAGGGGUUUGUACUUUUUUAAGCCAAAGUGUGGUGGUCAAAGCAUCUAGUGGUGUUGGAAAUAUCUUCAAGAAACCAGCACAUUCUCCUUCAGCGUUAAAAGACGAAAAGGAUGCUGACCGUUUUGCGGAGUCGGAGCUUUUGGAUGUUGAUGCUGAUCGUCGCGGUCGGGCGGAUGGGAGAAACUCAGGGGACCGAGAGCAAAGCCCUGGUGAAUUCCAUCAAAUCACUGGAGCCUCAGCCCGCCGCCGCCAACCGCUCCAGCGGCUUCCCGAAGAAAGACAACAUGCCCGCUCAGGGGAAUCCAUGCAGCAGUGAUAAAGAGUGCACGGUGGGAACGUACUGCCACAGUCCUCAGCACGCCCCGUCCCGCUGCCUCACCUGCCGCAGGAGAAAGAAGCGCUGCCACAGAGACAACAUGUGCUGCCCUGGGAACCGCUGCAGCAACUAUAUCUGCAUCCCCAUCUCAGAGCAUGCGCUGUCCUCACACAAGUCAUCUAUGGAGGAGCACAAAAUGCUUUCCAUCAAAGACAAAGGCUGGAGGAGGAACGGCAAAGCUCAGGCCAAGAUCUCUCUCAAAGGUCACGAGGGCGACCCUUGCCUGCGAUCUUCCGACUGCUCGGAGGGCUACUGCUGCGCUCGCCACUUCUGGACCAAAAUCUGCAAGCCUGUGCUGCGGCAGGGCGAAGUCUGCACCAAGCAGCGCAAGAAAGGCUCCCACAGCCUGGAGAUCUUUCAGCGCUGUGACUGUGCCAAAGGACUUGCCUGCAAGGUAUGGAAAGACGCCACCUCCUUCUCCAGGUCCAGGCUGCACGUGUGCCAGAGGAUCUGAGACGGGACGCCCCUGCAAAACAAGCUGCACCUUGGGGCCCCUGCGUCCCGCCGGGGGAGGAGUGUGCAAGGACUCCCUUCUCCAGGACAUACUCAGCUGUGAUAAAGAGAGAGAGAAAGGGUGAGAUACAGAUGAAUUCAUGCAAGAACAGGGUGGGUUUGGGAUGGGAAUGAACCCAUGUGCUGGGAUGCUCAGAAGUAGCUUUUGAGGAAGCACUCUGGGCCUCUGAGGUUUUUUUUUUUUUAUCCACAAGCCAUAUUUAUCACUGAUUUCACGUUUGAUUCCAUUAUUUCAGUAUGUCUGUGCUGUCAGUAUCUUGUGAUCCUGAAUGCUCUGAUUUGGUUUCUAUUUUUCACUAUAUAUUUCAUGCACAUAUGAGUUUUUUCACUGCAUAACCACUAAAAUAUUAACUCGUUUUUGUUGGUUACAUUAUCAUCGACUUUGGGUCUUGUUCAUUAAAAACUGUGGAAAACAGCAAUUUUCAUUUCAUUUUAGUUUCUUUUUUUCUUUUUCUAAAUUUAAGACUGCUCUUCUGAAAGUGCACUUUGAGUUU